UACCAGUAUUAGUGCAACCAACAAAGAAAAGCGGAGAGUGAGCAGCAGCAAGCAUCGAUGGUGAAGUUCCUGAAGCCAAACAAGGCGGUGGUCGUCCUGCAGGGCCGCUACGCUGGUCGCAAGGCGGUGAUCGUCAAGUCCUUCGACGAGGGAACCCGCGAUCGCCCUUACGGUCAUUGUUUGGUUGCAGGGAUUAAGAAAUAUCCGAGCAAGGUUAUCCGCAAGGAUUCCUCCAAGAAGACAGGAAAGAAAUCCCGCGUGAAGUGCUUCGUCAAGCUCGUCAAUUACCAGCACGUGAUGCCCACGCGUUACACCCUGGAUGUGGACCUCAAGGAUGUGGUCUCGGUCGACUCCCUCCAGAGCAAGGACAAGAAAGUCUCCGCCUGCAAGGCUACCAAGGCGAAGCUUGAGGAAAGGUUCAAGACUGGCAAAAACAGGUGGUUUUUCACAAAGUUGAGGUUUUGAGAUUUGGGUUUCUGUUAUUUCUUAUCGCUGAUGUUGAGCUUUAUUUACUGUUUUGAGCAUUUGUUUUAUCACCAGAUAUUGUUGGUUUUGAGACUGUUUUAUGAUAAUUAU